AUACUCUGUGUAAGUUUCGACCAUGUUGAGCUUUUAUCAAAAUUUUUAAUUUUUAUUCAAGUGAUUCAAACUUCAAAGUGUAUAAUAUAAUCAAGGAAUCCCGUUACCGUUUUACUUAAAUGAAUAACAAAGAUAUACAGCUCAGUAAAACUCUAUCGUGGCUUCUUCGACACGGCGCAGUUAAAGAACAGCUUACAAUAAGUCCAGAAGGUUACAUAUCAGUCCAGGACAUUCUGCAGCACAGAUUAUGCAAAGGGAAAUAUAAUCUGAGCGACAUACAAAGAGUCGUCACUGCCAAUGACAAGCAGAGGUUCAAGCUGAGAAACAACCCAAGCACUAAUGACCUUGAGGUAAAAGCGCAUCAGGGACAUACAAUUAAACAGAUAGAUGAAAGCGGGCUGACACCAAUAUUAGAGCCAAAGUACAAAACAGUUGUCCAUGGCACAUACAUCAAAUGUUGGCCAAACAUUAAAGCACACGGCUUAAGUUGUAUGCAAAGAAAACACAUACACCUAGCCAAAGGUACCCUCCAGGACCCUAACAUUAUAAGUGGAAUACGGAAGGACGUACAAGUCUAUGUAUUCAUAGAUUUGGCCAAAGCUUUGGCGGAUGGAAUAAAAUUCUACGAGUCAGAAAAUGGAGUUAUUUUGACAAAGGGCAAUGAGAGAGGAUAUUUAGAGACCAAGUACUUUGCGAAAGUGAUCCAAGUUGGUACAGGUUUUCCUUCAUACACCAAGCCGCAAGACCUAACACGAGUUUUCGCAAGCUAUGGAACAGUCAAAGUGGAGAAGCUUUGCAACAAGUUCGCCGUGCUCACCUUCACCAGCGAGGACGAGGCGCAGGAGGCCUUGGAGGACAGCGACAAGGUCAACAUCUACGGGGAGUUCCUCGCCGUCUGCCCGUACACCGGCCGAGCGGAGACCGCCACGCCGAAGCAGCCCGCCACGCCGAAACAGCCCGCCACGCCGAAACGAGUGUUCGUGAGGAGCAAACAGAGAGGUGAAAUAAUAGAGCCGAAGCUGAUAGCCUUGACGGGCGACUUCCACACUCAGCUGGACAGUAUCCUCAAAGCUGUUCGCCUCACGCAGGAGGAGGUGACGUCUCUCAGCGAACUGUACAUGGACCUGGAGUUCGUUCUACAGCAGCAAUGGCCGGGUUGCAUCGCCUUGCCCUUCGGCUCCAUAACAACAGGCCUGGGCAUAAAGAGCAGCGACGCGGACUGCUUCAUACAGGUGCCGGCCAUGUUCCGACAUCACGGCGCUAACUUCGUCAAUAAGGCAAAGAAGUUGCUUCAACAACACCCGCACGUAUUCGCCGAGAUCCUGUCGAUCCCGCGCGCCAACACGCCCAUUGUGAAGUUCUUCCACGUCCCCACUCAAAUUAACUGUGACGUCACGUUCAAGACGCCCCUCGGCGCACAGAACAGCAAACUGAUCGCGUUCCUGCUCCACGCGGACCCCAGGCUCAUACCCAUGGCGGUGGUAAUCAAAUACUGGGCGAAAGUGCACGGCUUCACGGGAACGGGCAAACUGACCAACUAUGCGUUAACCAUGCUCAUCAUAUUCUACCUGCAGCAACCGCCCGUAUCCAUCCUACCGUCCGUCCAGUGGCUGCAGAGAGAUCCCGCAAACGACAUCAUCGUAGACAACUGGAACACAGGGUUCAUGCAUAACUACGAACUCCUGCCCAAGUCUACUAAUACCCAAUCAAUAUCUGAACUUUUAGGCGGAUUUUAUCAAUACUACACCACUUUUAACUUUGAAGAAAUGGUUGUCUGUCCAUACACAGGCUGUCCAAUGAAAAAGGAGCAAUUUAGAGCCUGGAAUAAUCUCCCGCCGGAAUUCGAAAGGUAUAAAAGGAAUAUCGUGGAGGGUUUGAUCUUGCCGUUGAGAAUCACGACGUCGAUGUGCGUCCAGGACCCCAUGGAGCAGAGUCACAACGUCGCAUCCGCCAUCACCAGUCGCCUCGCUGCAGAAAUAAAGGCGUACUUCAAAUUUGCGGCGGCCGCCUACGAGAAAGAAAAGAACAGACAAUUCGCGAAUUUCUUCAAAACUAUUCUGUUGCAAAAGCCGAAAUUACCCCGAAGAAGUUGUCCAGAAUUCAGAGUGGUGAUGUACCCACACAUUCUACAGUGCAUCGCGAACGCCGAUUGGAAAUCUGUAGUCCGAGACGUCAUGAUGCAAAUGUUCCAAGAUUUGUGCAAAAUCCCUUUGACGAAGGUGGACGAAGCGCCCAAGCCGGAGGCCAAGAGACAGAAGGAGAGGUACACGGGCACCAUCGUCAAAGCCAUUUGGAAGAGGAAGCAGUUCAACAGAAUCUACACUGUGUCCAAGCUCGAUUUCCUCAAAAAGCAGACCAGGAUAACCGAGGAGAUCCUGAAUGCGGAUAAAGCGAAUUUCAAAGUUGACUUUCAGUUGACGUUGACGUUUCAGGAAACGAGAAACGUGUCCGCCAUGAUCAAACUGGUGGAAGGCGAACCGUCUUUAUUUAUAGAAUUCGGCAAAUUCUUCAUCUGCAGUUUGCAAAACUGGUAUAUAAUGCUUUUGAAGCCCUACUUCCAACAGAAGCCCCAAGAAGAAGAAAGGACACCCAUCGCUAAUGGCAGCAAAUCUGGAGACGAAAGUCCACAGAGACAAAAAGACAGGGAAGAUUUAGCAACUUUUAUGUCCAUGCAGGACAUAAAAGUUGAGAUGGUGCUACCGAGGCAGACGGACGAGUCUGAACUCACCUCAGACAUAAGCAACAUCAUGAUCGACACUAAAGACUUAAAUGACACUAUACACUCAGGUGACAUUACAGACUCAAAGGACACAAAAACAAGUACACAGUGAACCUGAGUGUUGCCAUCCAUGUUGAAAAUGAUCGCACACAGAUUGAAACGGUUAAAAUGUAAUAGUUUACUUUGAAUAGGCAAACGACGACGCAUGUAACUUAAUGUUGAGAAUUCAAAUGACACGGUUACUAACGUCACUUAAAUUGUCACGAUACCAUUGAGAUUUAAAAUUGACGACAGAAUUUGUAUGUCUGACGGCUGAACUCACGUGUUAGUUGGAGUAUGCCUAGAAUAGUUUCAACUGGCCUCUGGUCGCGACGCCGCGUGCGCUCGCAACGCAAGGCACGUAGUGGGAGUGCGUCGCAUGUCAAAAAUAAAUAGAAUGUAUGAUCUGGGUUAGUUUUAAGUUUGAAAUUUUAUAUUAUCGAUUAUAUAGUACAAAAAUUAGGUACAUGAUUAUGACGUCACUUAUUCUUACUAGCUCCCAAUCUAAAGGUAUCAACGUACUUUGGAACGGUCAGUCAAGACUGCUUCAAGCUGCCCGUGCUCUUGGGCCUAUGUCACUAGGACACUAGCUGACGCGCCACUAUGGUGUCUUGAGCUACCUAACGAGAAACACCGGAGUAGACACCAGGAUCGGAAAAUUAACCGUGCUUUUACGCACGACAUACAGCGUUCCUGGUAGCUCAACUGGUGGUAACAUUACUACAUACAAAUAAGUGGUUGUCACCGUGGGGAUCGCGGUCGCCGCUACCAAAUUGGUCACCCAGCUCUAUAAGAGCUGUAAUAUAUUUCGUUGGUAGCGUGAGUGGUUGCGCUGCCACUGGUGUCCUAGUGAGAUAGUGUCCUUAUCUAUUUGCAGUCCUAGUUUUGAACAUGCGUUGCUUGCGGUUCGCACUGGUGAUCUAAUUAUGUUUUUUUUUUAUUGAAUUGAAAUUUUAUUUAUGAAAAAUUGUCUGCUUCUCAUUUUGUUUAGUGGCUUUUAGUUUGAUGAAAUUGUAAGUUAAUUGAUUGUUCCGAGCAGAUCUUAAAUUUUCAAGUACAUAAUAAUUAAGUAUUGUUAAGUUAGAUGUUAGGUCUGCCAAACUGCACAUGCCCAGCCUGGUGGACUGUGGCCAACCCAAGGGGUUGAUCAUGUCAAGUUAGGCGAAGGAGUUUCAUAACAAUUUUAUUAGUUUCGACAUAGUUGUAUAAGUACAUUCUACGUACAAUUAAUUAUAUUAAUUUGAUAAAUAAGCUAAUGUUGAGUUGAAUGAUUGUCAACUGUUUCUUCUUAAUUAUUUUUUUACUUAAAUAUAGAUCCUGAAAGUGAACUAUGA